AUGAGCGGCCUUAGAAUUCCCAGCGGUCUUCAGGACAUUACACCCUGCUGGUUAACCAGAGCCCUCAAUGGCGGUGGGCGACAGGCCGGCGCGUCCGUGAGGGGAUACUCGGUCGAGGCCAUUGCCGAGGGCAAGGGAUUCAUGAGCCAACUGUUCCGGCUGAGGCUCGACUACGACUCUGGUCCCGCAGAACUUCCACAGACCAUGAUAGUCAAGCUCCCGUCCGCAGACCCGCAACUCAGGACGAUCUUUGACAGGCUGGGACAGAACAAGCGAGAGGUCAGGUUUUACAUCGAACUGGCAUCCAAUGUUCUUCUUCAGACCCCUCGCGGCUACUAUUGCGGCAUAGACCCGGCAAACGGGAACACUGUUCUGAUACUGGAAGAUAUGAGCUAUGCCCGGCAAGGCGACAGCGUGGCCGGCUGCUCCCUGGAUGAGGCGCGCCGCUGCAUAGGACAACUGGCCAGAUUCCAGGCAGCGUGGUGGAACAGCCCGCUCCUGGACCGCUAUGACUGGAUGCCAUUGAAGGAUGCCGAGGCCUUUGUCUACCAGGAAAUGUACGCGGGAGCAUGGGAGUCUCUGGUGCGGAAGGCGGGCGUAGGAAUGCCUCCGAAGCUGCGUCAUUUGGGUGACCGUCUUGCGCCGGAGGUUCACAGGUUAAAGACCCAACUCUCCAAGUCGCCCAGGACAAUUGUUCACGGGGACUUUCGACUGGACAAUUGUUUCUUUUCCACAUCCGGGGACUGUCAAUCAGUUACAGUAAUCGACUGGGAGUUUUGUGGACGGGGUCGGGGCGCCUACGAUGUUGCCACCUUCAUCAGCGAGACAUUCUCUCCAGAGCAACGAAAGAAAGAAGAGCCUGGUCUUUUGCACGAAUACCACUCAAUCCUGGAGGACAAUGGGGUAAGCGGCUACCCGUUCGACGAGUGCCUGCAUGACUACCGGCUGUCCAUGCUGGAAGUCUUCGUAUUCUGGAUAGUCACCGGAGGCUACUGCGAUUAUGAAGACGAGCGGGCCAAGAGGUACUUGCGCAACACCCUGGAGCGAUUGGACGCCGCCAUAUCAGACCUCGCCUCUACUGAAGCAGUGGGUUUGCAAUAG